UUCUGAUACAGUAUAUUCCGUUGUUUUGAUGUGAGAAGAGCCUUUGUUUUUUGUAAUCGACGAAUUGCUACACUAGUAAUCCGAUAUUCUGUAUUACUAACAUUUCGCUACUCGUUUUUUUCUCUACCCGAUCGAGUCGCUUAGAACCGAGCGACUUGAUCCCGCAAAUACAAAUCGCUUUGUGAAAUCAGGUCAAAAGGGAUGCCGCUGCAGAUAGACUCCGACGGACGCCAACAGUCUUUGGAUUUAAUCUCAUCGCAUAUAAUCGGGGAAAGCAGCUUCUGCAUAAAAUUAAAAGGCCUCAGAAUAAUUCCUGCUCGACCGAGUGUUUCUGAACAACACCAGAGCUCGAGUUCACAUUAAAGAAGGCUCGGUAGCGGACACAGAAAAGAGGCGUAACAAUUAGCAAGUGCUAGCGCUAGCAGAGCAACAACAACAGCGAUUCGAGCGAAGGGUCGAUUUUUCCGUAAGUUGUUCGGUUUAGAGGCCAGCUUUUUUUGCUGUAUUGGAUUUUAAAGCUUUUGCCGUGUGACUGUGGUGAGAACGCUUUUGUCGCCAUGAAGCUGUUGGAAAACUCAAGUUUUGAAGCUCUCAGCUCCAGACUUUGCGUCGAAACUGGAGAAUCUCGCAUCAUUGGAAGGAUCGAGAGCUACUCCUGCAAGAUGGCAGGAGACGAUAAGCACAUGUUUAAGCAGUUCUGCCAGGAGGGGGAGCCCCACGUCCUCGAGGCUCUGUCCCCCCCUCAGUCCACAAGUGCUACAAGCCCCUCACAGCUGGGAAAGAGCAGUGAGGAUGGAGAGAACCCUCUGAGUGACAAGUGUUGCAGGAAGACACUUUUCUACCUCAUCACCACGCUGAACGAGUCCUUCCGGCCGGACUAUGACUUCAGCGCCGCUCGCGCCCACGAGUUCAGCCGAGAGCCCAGCCUCAACUUUGUGACGAAUGCAGUCAACGGGAGCCUGUUUUCUGUGGUGGGGGAGGAGUUUAACUCUCUGGGGCCUGAGCUGUGGAACGCCAUCGACCAGGAGAUCGCCCUGCAGAGCUGUGACAUUUACAGCUACAACCCAGAUCUGGAUUCUGACCCGUUUGGUGAAGAGGGGAGCCUCUGGUCGUUUAACUACUUCUUCUACAACAAGAAACUGAAGAGGAUCGUCUUUUUUACAUGUCGUUCUGUCAGUGUCCUGAGCGGCUACGGCUCUGGAAGUCUGGAGCUCGAGCUGGACAUGGAGCUGGAUGACGAAGAGGAGAUGGACGGCUUUUCUAUGGACAGGUGCCCCAGAGCUCUGUGUGUGUAGAUUCUGGAUUUGAAGAACAUCCUUUUCUCCAUUUUUCUUCUUUUUUUUUCCCCCAUAAAUUGUGAUCUAUUUGCUGCCUGAUCCAAAGCCAUUUAACUGGACUAAUGCAUGCUUCACAGCCAUUUAUAAACUAAUGUGAUGGACAUUUGGUGAAAAUGCCCCAGCGGGACACAACCUUCCCCCACAUUCUUCAGGAUUUUUUGUUUUAACCUGAAAGUUUCUAAACGGGACGGAGCCGCCAUCUUCAGACGUCCAGAAAACACCAGCAACAGAAGACACAAUUUUCCAUGCGACAAAGAGGCUCAUGGGAAACUUACUUACUGGACAGAUGAGCGCGCGAGCGUCCGCUCUUGAACUUAUCUACUUUGUGUUUUCUGUGAUGUUGGUGUUACUGUGAAUUUUCCUUUUUCUUGCUGAGAUCUGUUUAUGGUAGCAAGUGUUUUGACCUGUUGGAGGUCAGCAGGAGGACACUCCUCACAUCCCAGUUGCAGCUUGGACACAUAUCAGCUUUUAUCUGGUGUUUUGUCUACUCUUCGUAAACGUCUGUGUGCUGUUUUUAUGUUUUUGUCUUUGAAAGUGGAAUGUUUAUAGGACAGAUUAAAAGACAAAAAAAUGAUAUUUCAUAUAAAAGUACUGAUUCUUUUCCUUGAUUUGAAUGUAAAUAAAAGUGAAAUAUAUAGUGUA